AAUCAGUGUUCUAAAUUUGUACGAUAGUCAGUUGUGGAAACGGGAAUAUUUGUACAAAUGAAAGUAUAUCUUACUAUCUUAAAACAGAUAAGCUGUACACUCACUUAUCUCUUAUCAAAGGUGUGAUUCAGUAUGCGCGUUGCGUAGACAUUAUAUAGUUCACUGCGACAGUGUAAUUCGACCCGUUCUUUUAUUUUUCAUUUAUUGACCUUUUUCGGAAGAAAAUGUGUUCGAAAAAAUUUGUGUGUUACUUAUCUAUAGCUUUACUUCUAAUGGGAAUAUUCUUGGAGGAAGUCGAGGCGAGGCGCAAAAUUUUGAGAGGUCGAAAAACAAUAACUAGACGUUAUUACAGAGGUACGGCUAUACCGGCCUGGGCCAUAAUACUUCUAACAGGUAUCGGCAUGCUAUUACUUGGCGGUGGACUUUACGCAUUAUUGCAGAAAUUCGUGGUGAACGCCGCGGACACCGGAGAAAGUAAUCAUUCUUACACACCUGCGUUACAACUCGAGAGUUGAAUCAAUUUCUCAUAAAAAAUCUCUAAUAACAUAUCGCUAUACUGAAUAUCGUAAAUUAUAUGUAGAAUUUUGAAGAAAACUUUUUGCAGAAACACAACGACAUAAUUGUGAUCUUACUUUAUUAAUCUUGCAGUCUUAUUCUGUCUACUAUCCUGCUUUUACAGGAAAUCUACUUAUUUUCUUAAUCUCCUAACAGGUAAUAUCAAAUUAUCAUUUACUAUUGUUCAUUUUAUAUUAACGACCAAAUGUAUUUAUUAUUAUUACAUAUGUUCAUAUUCGUGUCCUUGAAGCGCAGAAAAACGUGAUCAUAGGAUUGUGUAUUGGAAUUUUUGCUGAUGUUGCGAUAUACUUAAAAUUCUAAUCGCUUGCCGCUCAACGCGAAAAAUUAUCAUUAUCAUCGAUUAUUCAUUGGUAAUUGUAUAAUUCUCUCGAAAUACGGUUAGAUUAUUCAAAUAUACCAUGUAUACAAUGCAUUAUAUAUAUAUAAUGCAUUAUAUAUAUA